UAGGAAUACUUUUGCAAGGCACUAAAAAUGUAAAUUUGCACAUUUGGAGCAAAGAUGUUGUUGCAAAACUUGACUUUAGUAACUCUUAUGACCUUUGGUUCCAGAGAGAAAUUCUCGACGUGAGUUAUCUUAAAAACAAAGAGUCCGGGUGAGGGUUUGCUGUGUCGACAGAUCUUAAUCUGGUUUUAUUGCAAUAUUGAGGAUUUAUAUCUUUUACUCUUACGCUAAUUGGUUGUCAAGCUUUAUUUGUUAUAUGAAAAUACAUUUUGGUACAUUCUUAGCGUUAAUUUACAUCUAAGCAGAAAGAUUUACUUUCUUUCCUCUUGAUCGGACUCAUCACUUUCUUUCGUUUUAACCAUACUCAGAUGUAAGUUAUUCCAUUAAACCUUCCCUGGUUAGUUUGUGGAAUUUGUCUGACUUGUUUUAAAUCUGGGUCAAAGUUGCCCACAGCCCCAGACUGACAUUAUCAAUGGUGCGUGGAGAUGAAGCAACACAUCCUGGCACAUUAUUCCAAGUUUCAACAUGUGGGUUUCUGCUACGUUUGCUUUCCAGCAACGGCGGACGGCGACCUGUUGCAACGACUUCAGUGAAUGUCAGUGUGCUAUAAAUGAGCACAGCGGUUCAGUUUCAUAAUCGUUCUCCUUAUCUGCCCGGAGAGUCCUCGGCGAAAAGCAUCGAAAAAGUUUUAAUGCUGACUUUGUUCAACAUUUUCUCUUCUUUUAGCAACUAUACGAUGAGCGUCGAGGAAAAUCCUGUAGCUGCCGUAGAUGGUACCUCUGACAGCAGCUACUCUCAGAAGGAAACGUCUAAAACAGAUGGGACGGGUUCGAAGAUGAACUCCGCUGUCAUACCGAAUGGGAAAACUGACGACCCACCCACAGCACCAAAGUGUACCCCCAAACCUCCUGCCAAACCCCCAAGGUCCUACGAGCUGGACGGAGCUGCUACAGGACCUUCAGCAGAGGAGACCAAGGCGGUGCCUCUGACGACGGCUGACUUGGCAACCACUCUGGCCCCCGCUGAGCAGCUGUGGAGCUCCAGCAGAGACCGGGCCGUCAGGCUGAGGAUGGAAGGCUCGGGUCCGGGCUCGGAGACUCCUGCCACCGUUCAUCAGAUGUUCCUGGAGACGGUGGAGAGGUUUGGGGAUCAUCCGGCUUUGGUGUCCAAAAAAGAUGGCCAGACGGUGACCCUGACCUGGAGGCAGUACUAUGAGCAAUGCUGCGCAGCGGCCAAGAGUUUCCUCAAGCUGGGCCUGGAACGUUUCCAUGGAGUCGGCAUCCUGGGAUUCAACUCGGCCGAGUGGUUCAUCUCGGACAUCGGCUGCAUCCUUGCAGGGGGUCUGGCUGCUGGUAUUUACACGACCAACUCGCCGGAGGCCUGUCAUUACGUAGCCGCCAACUGUGAGGCCAACGUCCUGGUUGUGGAGGACCAGAAACAGCUCGGAAAAAUCCUGAAGGUUAAAGACCAGUUACCUCAUCUGAAAGCUAUUGUUCAGUAUAAAGGCGAGCUGCAGCAGAAAGCACCGUUCCUCUACACGUGGGACGAGUUUAUGAAGGCUGGAGAGGACGUGCCUAAUGAGCAGCUGCAGACUGUGAUCGGCAGUCUAAGGGCCAACGAGUGCUGCACCCUCAUCUACACGUCGGGAACCACUGGAAAUCCCAAAGGCGUCAUGCUGAGCCAUGACAAUAUCACAUGGACGGCCCGUACCGUGUCCAAGAUUAUAAACCCAAACUGCGGCGAGGAGGUGCUUGUCAGCUACCUGCCGCUCAGCCACGUUGCUGCGCAGAUGAUUGACGUUUGGUGUUGCAUGAGUCUCGCAGGGACCACCCAUUUUGCACAGCCGGACGCCCUGAAGGGAUCUUUGGCGAACACACUAAGAGAAACCCGUCCGACCGGCUUCCUGGGUGUUCCUCGAGUGUGGGAGAAGAUGCAGGAGAGGAUGAAAGCUGUCGGUGCCAAGGCUUCCCCGCUGAGGAGAAGAGUGGCAGACUGGGCCAAGUCCAUUGGCCUCGAAUACGGCUACAGCGCCAUGAAUGGGGAGAACGUUGUGCCGUGGGGCUUCAUGCUGUCCAACAGUCUGGUCUUUAAGAAGGUCCGGGCUGCCCUGGGCUUGGACCGCUGCAAGCUGUGCUGCACAGGAGCCGCUCCCAUCACCAAAGAAACUCUGGAGUACUUCAUGAGCCUGAACAUCCCGGUGAAGGAGCUCUACGGCAUGAGCGAGAGCUCCGGUCCGCACACCAUCUCCAUCAACGAGUAUCGCAUUGGAAGCUGUGGGAAGGUGAUACCGGGCUGCAAGACGAAGCUGGAGAACCCGGACGAGGACGGGAACGGAGAGAUCUGUUUCUGGGGUCGGCACGUCUUCAUGGGCUACUUGAACAUGCCCGACAAAACGGCCGAGUCUCUGGACGAGAGCGGCUGGCUGCACUCCGGAGAUCUGGGAAAACACGACGAGGACGACUUCCUGUACAUCACAGGGAGGAUAAAAGAGCUGAUCAUCACUGCCGGCGGCGAGAACAUCCCUCCUGUGCCAAUCGAGGACGCCGUGAAGAGCGAGGUGCCCAUCAUCAGCAACGCCAUGCUGAUCGGAGACAAGCAAAAGUUCCUCUCCAUGCUGCUCACGCUCAAAUGUGUGAUGGACGACGACGGCGACCCCACGGACGACCUGAGCCCCGAAGCUUUGGACUUCUGUCGGCAGCACGGCGUCCGGGCCACCAAGGUGUCAGAGAUCAUAGCCAACAAGGAGCCGGCCAUCUACAAAGCCAUCCAGGAAGGCGUGGAGCGAGUCAACGCCACAUCCACGUCCAACGCUCAGAAGGUCCAGAAGUGGGUCAUACUGGACCGAGAUUUCACCGUCGGCGGCGGAGAACUAGGACCCACCCUGAAACUGAGGAGGCCCAUUGUUGUGAAAAUGUACCAGGAAAGAAUCGACGAAAUGUACGCAGCGGCUCCAGAGAGGCAGUGAACUGUCGCCUAAGCUCCAGAGAGGCAGAUUUAUGUCGCCUAAGCCUUCAUAAACCUGUCUGCUGUAUCAUAUUUAUGCUAAUAUUCCCCCGGUCUCUGUACAGAAACAUAUUCUGUGCUUUAAACCGUUGAAGCAGAGCCAAGCCUUGCCACGUGGGAGAUAAAUACAAGUGAGACUGGCGUCAGGUAUUUUUUUUUUUUUUAGGAAAGCAAACUUUUUAUAGUGUUCAACGGAUGUUGAAUAAGAACAUUCCCACUUUGACUGUUAACCUGGUUAAUCAUUAGUGAUGUUUUUACUUCUCAUCUCGUGUUAUCUGUUUAAACUCUGACCACCUUGUUUCUCCACAUUGUGCAAAAUUCUGGGCAAACCGGAGGUGAAAAUGGUUCAUAAUGUGAAUAUAAUGUUUUAAAAGCAAUAUAACUGUCUGUAUUUAUCCAAUCCACCCAGCUGCAAAUUUGAAAUCCGACAUGAGUUUGUACAGUUUAACUCCUUCUGAAGAUAUAUAUUUAUUUUGUGACACAUUUUCUGUAAAUUGUCAAUAAAAGUGAAUGAUUUUGAGCGAAUCAAACAGACUGAACAAUAA